AUGGAUUGUCCGACUAACAAUCAACUCGUUGAAAAGAGGCAAAUAAGACGGCGAAAACGCGGACAAUUCAAACGGGACAAUGUGCACGUUGGCGGUCUUACGCUUGAUGAAGCCAAUAACGUUGCAAAACGGAUUCUCGGAUACUGGCAAAUUGAUUUGAGACUUCCCGAAAUUGCGGAUUCCGAUUAUGGGGGUUGCUCGAAAUCGAGGACGAUUAAUGAUGAAUCGGAGGUUGUAAUACAGCGCAAAAUGUGCAUGAUGUGCUCGAUGAAUCCGAUGGAGGCGUAUUUUCGAACGCAUUGCCGCGAAAUCCAUGCGAAAUCGGAUUCGGCGAUUAUUGAGACGAUGUUUCGAAUGAGCGACGUGCGCUACAUUCGAUUCUGCGCGAAUUCGCUGAUAUCGAGCGAAAUCGCCAGCAGUUUGUUUCAAAAUAAUCGGAAGAUUCUGAAUUUUCUCGCUUCCUGCGGUUUCAUAAUCGACAAGAAUAUCGUCAACUUGGCAUCUCGCCAAACAGAAAUCGAUUUUGACGAAUAUCAAUCGAAAUUUGAGGAGUCCUCCAUUAAAGGAAUACCGAUUGAAAAAGCGCGAGAAAUUGCGAAAAGUUUUUCGGAUGAUUUCAAAUUUCUUCCAGAAGUCGAGUUCCCGUUGAAAAUUGUGCACACCAGCCGACAUAUGGUGUUAUCGACUCAUUAUACGACCCAUUGUUUCGUUUGUCGAACAACGAAAACGUGUACGAAUUUCGCGAAACACUUUGCAAAUGUACAUAAAAAGCAUUGGGAUGAGAUUCAGACGUUGCUUGGAUUCCGAUGCGACAUUGACGACGCCGUCGAGGUCUUGAAGCGAGUCACUGAUGUUCGAAUCGCGCAAUACUUCAAAUCAGUUUUGAUUGCGCACAACGAAAUUGUAACAAUUUGCGCCGAAAAUAAGCAACUUGAAGAAAAUCUGAUAAAGUUUUUGCUGAAUUCAGGAUUUGUUAUUGAUAUGAAAUCGAAUGCUGAUCGUUCGGUGAAUUCCGGUCUGGUGCCUUAUGACUUGAAUAUUCCGCCAAAUAUGGUUGCCGAAAAUCCGCCUAUUUGGGAGAAGCUGAGGCUAAUGAAAGCCGAAUCAGCAUCAGACUCAGAUGCUCGAAAUAUGUCGACAAAUUCAUCGAGAUGCUCCAGUGUUACGGCGACUUCAUCGUCGUCGUCGUCCUUGUCAUCUUGCGACGAUGAAUAUUGGUGUCGCUCUUCGCCGCCGUCAUCUUCAGAAGCCGCGACUACGGUAAUCGGCAAUGACGAUUUUCCGUAUUGUGUGCUCAACGCGAUACCGACACAUUUUGAAGUUGACACGAUGCUCUACGCGAUACUCGAACGGCUGACAAACGGGCCGACUGAAUGCCUCACCCAAUUUGAAUAUAAUUAUCUACUCGGAUAUGCGUCGUACUCGCUGGUCAUCGCGAACGGAUGUAAAAUGAAUGUCGUCACACACAUGAAUUUGGCCGAUUUUCAGAAUGCGACGUUCGACGAGAAAUCGGGAUUGCAUGUAUUGUGCUUUGAGACCAAAAAAACGUUUGUGCGAACGGCGUAUAACGAAUAUCUAUGCGCCGAUCAGCGUGUUUGGCGAGCUUUGGAGGUUUUUGAAGUCGCUAGAGAACGGCGAGUUAAUGAACUAAAUAUGGCUGCCAAUUAUUUGAGCGAUCAAAGCCCAUUUUUCGUCACUUAUAAUCUGUCGCGGCAGACGAAGGAUACCAAUUAUUUUAUGAGCCAAUUUUUGAGAAUGUGCGGUUUGAAUUGGCCGUGUAAACCGACGACGGUGAGCGCGGCGUCGGCAAAAUUACUCAAACGAGAUCUCAAAAAGGUUUCAUCUCGCCUCUACGCGAUUACUUACUAUGAGCUUCUUCGUCAGCGAGAGCAAGAGCAAAUACGAAGCUUAGGCUUCGGACAAAUCGAAUUGCAUCCGACGCUUCAAAAAAUCCAAGCGAUCACCGUUUCGAUGAAACCGAGAGCGGCGAAGCGCAAAAUUGCGAAGCUUGCGAUUGGUCCGAAACGGAUUCGACGGGCGUCGAACAGCUCGGCGAGUGUAUCAUCAUGCGCUAGCGAUUGCGGAUUUAUUGAAGAUGAGCCGGAGGAGCAGCAGGAGGAGGAGGAGGAGGAGCUGGAGCAGAGGUUCUUUUAG